CUGAGCACUGCGCGUGCGUGCCCGUGCGCUCGCGCGUGCGGCGGCGGGCUCCCUCGGUCCCCAGAGUCUCUCAGUCCCCCGGGACGGCGCGGAUUUCGGGGUGAUAGGCCUGAGGAAAGGCGCGCGGGCGGGGUCGCGCAGCGGAGCCCACGGAGGGAAGGGAGCGAGAUUUGCUUGUGGUCCUUGCACCAAGGCCAAGCAUCACCUCUGACUCCAAUUACAUGUAUUUCAGGUUAAACCCUAAGAUGAGAAAAGCUGAUCUCUGCUUGAGCUCUGAAGGGGCUGAAGUGAUUUUAGCCUCAUCGAGUGAUGAAAAACACCCACCUGAAAAUAUUAUUGAUGGGAAUGCAGAAACGUUUUGGACCACCACAGGAAUGUUUCCCCAGGAGUUUAUUAUUUCUUUUCACAAACAUGUAAAAAUCGAAAAGCUCAUAAUCCAGAGUUACUUAGUACGGACUUUGAGGGUCGAAAAGAGCACAUCAAAAGAGCCUGUUGGAUUUGAGCAUUGGAUUGAAAAAGAUUUAGUGCACACAGAGGGACAACUUCAAAAUGAGGAAAUUAUGGCACACGAUGGCCAUGCUACUUACUUGAGAGUCAUUAUUCUGUCAGCCUUUGAUCAUUUUGCAUCUGUACAUAGCAUUUCUGCAGAGGGAACAGUAGCCUAAAUUUUUCUUAGUAAUUGCAAAAAGAUGCUCUUGUAAGGCUUUUUAAACAAUGUAUCUAUUUAAAAACAAAGCUGUCAUUGAUAUACUUUAUUAAAAGGAAUUGUCAACUUG